AUGUCGGAGCCAAGGAACACCGAAAAUGAUGAAGUAGAUGGAAGUGUGAUAUCAAGAUUUAGAAGAAGAAGAAGAGGAGUCAAGGUUACUGGCAGAUACAUUCCUCCUUUAGAGUGGGAGAAGGAUGAAAGACAAGGUCUUACGCAAACAGAUCACAGAGGAGACAACACACAUAAAGCAGAGCAAGAAAAACAAACAAUGGAGCCGGUGGCAUCUUCACAAGUUUCUGAUACCAAGAAUACUGACAAUAUGCUUCAAGAAAAGAUAAAUCAUAACAAAACAGAUGAUAAAAAUACAGCAGAAAAAUCUGAUAAAGAUGGUUCAGCAAUACCCAAAGAAACACUAGAAGAGCUGAAAACUGUUCUUAAGGAAAGCGCAUUCAUUCAUCAUAAAAACAAACGUAAUCCAAACAUCAGCACUACAAUAGCUCAGAUACAUCUUCCAAAACGUGUUGAAAACACAAGAGAAAAGUCUGGCUUAACCUUUGAAACAUUUCGGCCACAUUUGGAAAAAGAGAUCCAGCAGCAAGAACCUGCGGCAAAGCAAUGCCAUGAGAUGCCAAUUGCUCCAAUUAUGCCAGGUCCUGUAGAGGUACAGAAUGAUGAGCAAUUUAUACAACCCAUACAGACAUUCAAUGGAAAACAGAUAUUAUUACCUGAUCAAAUAAGUAUUGCCCCUGAAACCAAGCAUGAACCUCCAGCAACUGAGUUUAAGGAAGGUCUAUCUGCCAGCAGUAAAGAUGUUGAUCCGAGUGGCGAUGAAAUUCAGGAUUCUUAUAGUAUAAUUGCCCUAGUUGAACACCUAAAGCAGCAGAUUGCUAGAGAAGAUAUACGAUUUGUCCGGUUUGAAGCUACUGAUCUGCAUGGAGUAUCAAGGUCAAAAACCAUUUCUGCACGUUUUUUUCAGGACAAGGCUGUGAAUGGAAUUUGCAUGCCAAGAAGUAAUCUUGAACUAACUUUGGACACCAAAGACAAUGAAGUCGACCACAGCAGUUCCAAACAAUUUAAUAGUGACAUUUUGUUGAAACCAGAUUUACAAACAUUCCGAGUUCUACCUUGGACUGAAAAAACUGCAAGAGUGCUCUGUGACCCAUUUACUCUCUUGGGCAAUCCUCUUCUUACUUCACCAAGAUAUCUAGCCAAACGUUUACUUAGUCAGCUACAGGAAAGUGGAUUUCUGCUAAGUUCUGCUUUCAUAUACGAAUUUUGUAUAUUUGGAGUUGCAGAAAUUAUAAAUUCAAAGACAAUUUCAUUCCCUGCUGUAACAUUGCUAUCCGAUCACCAGAUGUUCAUGCAAGAACUUUUAGAGGGGAUGUAUUACACAGGUGGGAACAUUGAAUGUUUCUCCUCUUCCAGUGCCCCUGGACAAAUGGAGGUUUCCUUUCUGCCUGAAUAUGGGUUGGCUGCUGCUGACAAUGCCUUUACUUUUAAAACUGGUAUUAAAGAAGCAGCUAAGAAACAAGACUACAUAGUAAGUUUUAAUACUGACUCUGUGGGUUUCUAUAAUUCUGGAGUUCUAUCACACAGCUUGUGGGAUGUUAGUGGAACCAAAAAUGUAUUUCAUACAGGAUCUCGUGAAAAAGUUCUGACAGACAUUGGCAAAAAAUGGAUAUCAGGUCUUCUGCAGCAUUCAGCUGCACUCAGCUGCCUAGUUGCUCCAGGAGCUGCAUGCCGCAAACGUUUUUUGAAGAAUGACAAAGACCCUCCAAACAGCAUCUGUUCCACUUGGGGAUCUAAUAACAAUACCUGCACCUACAAUGUUAAAUCUCAAGGCUGCAAUGGAACAUAUAUAGAAAACAUGCUGUGUUCAGCCACAGCCAACCCUUACUUAGUUUUAGCUGCCACAAUUGCUGCGGGCCUGGAUGGGCUCAGGAGGGGCCUUGACUUAUUCGAAGCUGCUAACAGCCAUACAAAACUUACUGAACUGAAAGCACCCUCAGUACCACUGAAACUAGAGGAUGCCUUGUCUGCCUUGGAAGAAGACACAUGUAUGAGAGCAUCCUUGGGUGAACCAUUUAUUCACCAUUUUAUGACAAUGAAACGGUAUGAAUUAGAGACAGAUGAGGGGGACACAGAGAGAAAUACAUUUUUGGAAUACUUUAUAUAG